AUGAAGAAGAGACUAAGCUUGAAGCAAACCCUGGUGACUCUCUCCGAUGCAUGUUUGUGCAUAAAACAUCUUGAGAGUAACAAGAUUCAAAAUUCUAACACAGAGAUCAAGAACGGAUCUGUAUUUCCCGAGGAUGAUUCGGUGUCUGAAGAAAAGGCUGUAGCAGGAGGAAGGAGAAUCAAAGUGGUGAUAACUAGGAAACAGUUAGAUCGCUUGUUGGCGAAGCAAGUUUCGUUGGAGCAGCUGCUAUUUGUUAAUCAGAGAACGAUCCUCAGAUCUUUCGACGACAAUAAGUGGAAACCAGGUCUUGAAUCUAUCCAUGAAACACCUGAAUUGUAA